AUGUCCAUUUUUGAUGAUGCAGCAGCAGUAAGACGGGGGCAAGAGGAAGGUAAUGGCGACUUGGAAAACCAGCGACAGCAAAGAUCUCGAGCCUUGCCACCCACUACAGCCGCUUCUACGAUUACUCCCAACGCUUACAGUACCGGUCUUCUAAAUGACUAUGAUGAUGACCAGGCUAAAGUUGAAAAAGUUCGGACUUCCGGUGCACAUGAUGAGUACAUUUAUCUCGGGCAACAAAAAUUCUUGAAGUCCGAUUUGUACGAGGCAUUCGGGGCUCCGCUAAAUGCAGGUUUAGCACCUGUUGCCACUCGUCAAUUUGCCAAUCCUUCGCCAUUGGGUCUUUCUGCCUUCGCCUUGACAACAUUUGUAUUGUCUUUGUACAAUUGUAAUGCAGCGGGUGUGGAGUUGCCCGGUGUGGUCGUCGGGCUGGCCUUCUUCUACGGAGGAUUGAUUCAACUAUUGGCUGGUAUGUGGGAAAUGGUGGUGGGCAACACCUUCGGUGCGGUCGCCCUUUCUUCAUACGGAGGCUUCUGGCUAUCGUAUGCUGCAAUUAAUUUGCCAUGGUUUGGGAUCAUAAGUUCCUAUAUCCCAACCUCCGGGGGUAGCGAUGUCGCUGACUAUGAUCAGUUCCGUAACGCGCUGGGCAUCUACUUGUUGGCUUGGGCCAUUUUCACUUUUAUGCUUACAAUCUGCACCAUGAAGUCUUCCCUAAGCUUUUUUGCACUAUUUCUUUUGUUAGGAGUUACCUUUGUGCUCCUCGCGGCAUCAGAGUUUAAGUGGAGCGCUGGUCUCCGCCAUGCUGGCGGUGUGGUAGGGGUCAUUGUUGCGAUCAUUGCAUGGUACAAUGCACUUGCAGGAUUGGCUACCAAGGAAAACUCCUACGUCCGUUUUAGUACGGUGUCGCUACCUGGUGUUGGGAAGAGCUGGUCCUGGAGGUGA